AUGUCAAAUCAAGAUAGUUUUUCAAAUUUAAUUAAUAUCAAAUCAUUUCAUAUAAUAGAUUUUUCAUUAAUUGCACUUUGUGCAUCACAUAUUGGUGAUAUAGAGAGAUUGAAUCAUUUAAAAGAGAUGAUUAGAUCCUAUGUUAAUCAAGAUGUUAAAAUUCAAUUUUUUAUCUCAAUUAGUUGUGAAGAAUCAAUGCUGGAGCAAUUGUCAAAGGAGAUUGGAGAAUGGAAUCAAAUAUAUGGUCUUCACAUUCUAAUGCAAUCAGUCAAGAAAUCUCAGUUCCAACACUACAAACACUUGGUAGACCAUCUUGUAUCAUCGAAAAUAUCACUCUCAACUUGGAUCAUUUUCUCUGAUGACGACGAUACUUGGCAUCCAUUUCGUGUAAAGGGUUAUCUUAACAUCACCCGUCAGUUGAAGAAUACUUUUAAGGACAACCAUUGCAUCAGGGUAACUGCAAGUCACGACGAGAAGUUUGGAGAGUAUUUCGAAUAUUCAAUUCGUUUGAAAACAUCAGUUUGGUUCUUUGACAGAGCCGGCCAGGAGUUGUUAGCCAGUAGUUUCUGUAAGCUUUUCUUCCUCCGUUAUAUGGUUAGCUUUAAUUCCACAUCCCUCUGUCAGUUACCAAAUCGUCCCUAUCAGCGCAAUACCAGAGAAGUAGCAGUUGGACAUGAGAUUAGCAUCUUUUUCGUAGGUGUUGAUCCCGAUAACAAUAGACAAAUUCUCGAGGCUCAAGUGAAGAGAGACACCAUUUUGAUGUUGGCCGGAAACUUCAAACACUUCAUUCCGACCUACGAUGAAUUGAAGAUAUUUCUCAAUGUUUCCCAAAGUGAUUCAGAAGGAAUGUACCCAAUAUUCUUUAAUCCAGGACUAGAGAGUGCAUCCAGAGCAUGUAGCAGAAGUAAUAGUUUAUUUAUAAAAACAAUACAACAUAGAUUCAAAGUUAUCAGAGAAGAUUUACAACCAAUUCGCACCACAGGCUAUCUUAGCAUUAUCAGUCAGAAUUUCAAGAUUGCUUUGAUGGGCAACAAUUGUAUUAGAAUAUCAUCGAAUCCCGACGAGAGAAUAGGAGAGUACAUUGAAUAUUCAAUUCAGCUGAAAACAUCUCUCCCCUACUUUGAUAGUGCCGAUCCAGAGUUGUUGGCCAGUAACUUCUGUGAUGUUUUCUUCCUCCGCUAUAUGGUUAGUUUUAAAUCGACCUGGCUCUGUAACGUACCUACCACUCUAUAUCACUACAAUCUCAGAGAUGGAACAGCUAGACAUUCGGUUAUCAAAGGUGUUGAUCCCAAUAACUAUUUACAAGUUUGUGAAGCUCAAGUGAAGAGAGACACCAUUUUGAUGUUGGCCAGAAACUGGAAACGUAUCCAUCCCACCUACGAUGAAUUGAAGAAAUUCAUCCAAGUUUCGCAAGUGGAGGAAUCUACCCAAUUUUCUUUCAUCCAGAAAUGGAGAUUAAACUUUUAUUCAAUAUAA